AUGGUGGUUUCAGAAACAGAUCAUAAUUAUGAUCAAAUGGAGGGCUAUCGUGUAGAAGAAACAGCCGUGUUGAAUUAUUAUUGUCCUCCUGGCUACAGAUUUGCACCCAGCGAUGAAGAACUUAUCAUGUAUUACUUGAUACCGAAGAGCCAGGACCAGAUUUUUGAGCCAAACUGCAUCAUUUCAGAGAUUACUUUGUCCGAUUAUACUCCUGAGGAAAUAGCAGAGAAAUACAAGCCACAAGUAGAGGGAACAUGGUACUUUUUUACGCUGAAAGUUCGAAAGUCGAACAAUGGAAAGCGACGGAACCGACUCGCUGGAGAUGGAUAUUGGAGACUAGCAAACACAACAGAUGUAUACUCCGAUAAUGGCGUGAAAAUUGGAUCCAAGAGUUUAUUGGGUUUCCAUAGAGUAAUCCCAAAUGUAAAGGAGGAAAAGACUGAUUGGAUUAUGCAUGAAUUCUCAGUACUCCCUAGUUUGGAUCGAAAGAGAAAACUUACUACUCUUGGAGAAGAAGACAUGCUCAAGCUUGAAGAUGGCUAUGUUCUUUGUCAGAUGUAUAAGAGAGGCUCCACUAAAACCAACAAAGUUCUGAGGAGAUCAAACAAAAACACAGAGCUCCAAAUUCUGCCUCAUAAUUAUGUGGAGACUGCGCCAGCUAAUUUAGAAUAUCAUGCGCAUGAUGAUCAUGAUCAGAACUCAAUGCUUCUCUCGAAGACGCCCGGCCGCAUUGAUCACGGAGCACUAACCCUCGUGGAAAACCCGCCUUCCACGUCGGUCUCCGGCGAGAAUCGCAAUCUCGGAGGACUUUCGUCCGACGGAAUACUCGGUGCGGUUCCUCCCACAGCUGCUGCUGACGACGGUGAUGAGCUCACUGCUUUUUUGUUGAAGGCUUUGGAUGCUGAAGACUAUUAUUAUGCACAGCUUAUGGAGAAUUCUCUUCCAACGACGGCAACAACAUCUUCCAGUAAUAUUACUGAUGUUAGCCCUCAGAAAGCAAACGACAAGGAUUUGGUUUUGAGGGGUCUGGAGGAGGUGAAUCAGCUGAUUAGUGAGUUCUCCAAUCAUAUUAGUACUCCUAUUGCUCCCAAUUGGGAUACUGCUACUACUAUUAUACAACCUACAAAUUUCUCUGAUACGAAGUGUGACAUUCCUGAACUGAGGGGUGAUAACGAUAAGAUGUGGAAGGAGAGAGUCCUUCUUCAUUUAGGGUGGAUGGACAUUGAUUAUGCUAUAAGGAAAGGCGAACCAGUCAUUACUCCGACCAGCACCCCAAAUGAAAUUGCUCUUUAUGAACAAUGGGAGCGAUCCAAUCGCCUCAGUGUGAUGUUCAUUAAGACUAAGAUAUCUGCUGGCAUUCGUGGUUCAGUUGAUCAGCAUACCAAUGUCAAAGCAUUACUGAAGGCCAUUGAUGAACA